AUGCCCCUCCAUUACACACCAAUGGUGAUAUCGGACUUGGGCUCACACGGGUGGCAUGCGGAGAAGUACUCAACAACACGAAGCCACUUGAGAAUAUACAACAAUGUGGGUCUAACAGCGCACUAUAAGCGAUCAACUGAAACAUCAGUCAAAUCUGCUCUUUGCCAUGCCCUUUCCAGCCUCAUUUCAAAGCACCCGAUAUUAUCCGCUAUUCCAUUGGCCGUCGAAACACCGGAUCCUUAUUUCGUGAGGCUCCCAGUAUACCAACUCGAGGAAGUCAUCACAUUCGUGACACUAAACAGUGCUCCCUCAAGUUCGCAUUGGAAGGCGGCUCUGGACAAGACGCUCGAAGAACAACAUAAUUAUCCUUUCCUGUUUAAUCCUGAUAGGCCACUUCCAUUCUGGAGAAUAUCCAUAUUGGAGAGUGAGCAGAUUCCCGAAUCUUUCACUCUUGUAUUCAUGUUUCAUCACGCCCUCAUGGAUACAAAAAGCGCACUUUCUUUCCAUGAUGAGCUGGAAACGCAUAUGAAUCAGGUCAAUGUGGAUUUGCAGAGUGGUGAGCGGGUGUCCUCCAUCAGACCCCCAUCUGAUGCACUGGUCCCUCCGCUAGAGGACCUCUAUACUCUUCCCUUAUCCAAAGACUUCUUGCGGUCUCAAGAGAAUCCCAAAGAGCCCUCUCCCGAUAGUUGGACAGGAUCUCCACAGUUCACGCCAGUGAAGACUCGCUUCUCAUCAUUGUGGCUUUCAAACGCUCACACGAGGACUCUAGCAGCACUGAGUAAGAAGGAAGGCUCGUCAGUCACGGCAGUCCUUCAAACGCUCAUUGCAACCUGUCUCUUUUCGGUUCUUCCGCCAGAGUAUAAAACACUCCAAGCUGACUGUGCAGUCUCAUUAAGAAGCUUCUUGCCACAGCCAGUCACUGCAACAACGAUGGGUUGCUACGUCGGCUCAGUGCCAACGGUAUAUCAGCGUGCGCCUUUCAACUGGAACGAGGCUCGGCGGACAAAAGCAGUACUCAACCAUGCCAUGGCUUUGAAAGGGGGUGAUAUGGGUGUCGGUUACUUGAGAUUUGUCGAAAAUCAGCAUCACUGGAUGUUACAGAAAUUGGGUCGAAAGCGAAUGGCGGCCUUUGAGUUGUCCAAUGUCGGUGUGGGCCAUCCUUCACCGAGAGGGGCUGGCUUCGAGGUUGGAGGCAUGUUGUUCAGUCAGAGCUCGAGCGCUUGUAGCGCUGCAAUCAAGAUCAGUGCUGUAACGGGUCGAGAUGGAAGAUUGGCACUAGGUUUCACUUGGCAAGAAGGUGUUGUAGAUGAUGAGAUGAUUGAGUGGGUUCAGCAAGCGCUCGAAUCUCAAGUCGAAGAGCUAGUUUCGGAAUAA